AUGCUACCUAUUCGACCACUUUUUCGACUUUCCACCUUUGUCACCCCUCGAACAUCUCAAGUAUUUGCUCGAAACAUUGCCACUUCGGCAAUUGCUGCCCGCAGAACCAGACAGGUCCGUGAAAUCUCCCCAGAAGAAGUUCGCCGCUUCAACGAACAGCGUCAGAAAACAAAUGACCAGUUCUACUACAAAGAGAGCCCAUCAUCUGAUACAGGAGCAUACCGUGACGAUCCCACCCAGUUUCGGACGGUGUUUGACAUGCCUCCAAACACAAAUGGCAUUAUCACUCCAGAGGACGGAAUCUAUGACAUCCUUCGAGAGCCCACGCUAGUGAUUGAGCGUCAGGUGGAGUUUUUGAAUGUGGCCCUCGGCUUUGAGCAGGCAAACAAGUACAAAAUCAUGAAUUCUUUGGGAGACCAGAUAGGUUACAUGAUGGAAAAAGACUACGGGAUCUUGAAGGCCAUUGGUCGACAGUUUUUCCGAUUGCACAGACCGUUUGAGCUUGACGUGUUCAACAACUACGGUGACUUGAUCAUGACCAUCAAAAGACCGUUCUCCUUCAUCAAUUCGCACAUCAAAUGCCUCUUGCCCGGCUACGACUCACGUGGUGACAUGAUGUACGAAGUGAUUGGCGAGUCGGUCCAGAGCUGGCACUUGUGGCGUAGAAAGUACAAUUUAUUCAAGUUGGAAGAUGAGAAAACUGAUGAGUAUGAUCAGUUUGGCAUUAUUGAUGCGCCUUUUCUUUCGUUUGACUUUCCAGUUAGGAAUGCUGAAGGUGAUGUGAUUGCUUCCGUUGAUAGAAACUGGGUUGGUUUAGGCAGAGAGCUCUUCACCGAUACAGGUAUCUACAUUAUUCGGAUGGAUCCUGCCAGUUUUGCAGGAUUGGGUGACCUUUAUCUGUCGGUAGCAGGACCAUUGACGUUGGACCAAAGAGCUGUUUUGCUUGGAAAUGCCGUGAGUAUAGACUUCGAUUACUUCUCCCGUCAUAGUCGUCAAGGCGGAGGGUUUUUUAGCUUUGGAGGAUAUGAAUAG